AAAUUUAGAAAAGGGGAAGCGAGUUUGCUGGUAAACUAUACAACUUCCGACGUCGUCCCUAUAUUUUAAGAGAAGAAGACGUUGAUCCAGCUAACAAUCGGGUCAGACUGAUCCUACAUUGUUCAGUUUUCUCUAGGCGUGUGUGUGAGGGAAAGAUGAGUACUGAUGGGAUGUAGGAAGGUUGACUUGGACGUAUCGAUUGUCACCUGAAUCCUCCCGCGUUUGAAGAGUGGGGGAAGGUGGGGAGUCGGGAGGAGGAGGGGCGACGCCCAUCACGGGGGAAGGACGGAAGCAAAAGGGCCGGAAGGAGCUGGGCAGAGAAGCGAAUAGAAAGGGAAGAGAAGAGAGGGAUUAAUGACGUCGGUCACGGAGCUGAAGGAAAGGCAUCUUGCUGCAACGGCGGCCGUCAACAGCCUCCGGGAUCGAUUGAAGCAGAAGCGUCAACUUCUCUUGGACACGGACAUUGCCGGACAUGCAAGAGCGCAAGGAAGGACACCAAUCGUGUUUGGUCCGACGGAUCUGGUCUGCAGCAGGACCUUACAAGGUCACACAGGGAAGGUUUAUUCACUGGACUGGAGUUUGGAGAAGAACCGCAUUGUCAGUGCAUCUCAGGAUGGAAGAUUGAUUGUAUGGAAUGCUCUAACAAGCCAGAAAACACAUGCAAUUAAGCAGCCGUGGGUCAUGACAUGUGCAUUUUCUCCCAAUGGUCAGUCAGUUGCUUGUGGGGGAUUGGAGAGCGUAUGCUCAAUAUUCAAUUUGAGUUCCCAAACUGACAAAGAUGGGAAUUUGCCUAUUUCAAGAACACUUAAUGGACACAAGGGUUAUGUCUCCUCAUGCCAGUAUGUGCCAGAUGAUGAUACUCAUCUAAUUACUGGCUCAGGUGAUCAUACAUGCAUUUCAUGGGAUGUUACUACUGGUCAAAGGGUUUCAAUUUUUGGAGGUGAAUUUCCAUCAGGGCAUACUUCUGAUGUACUGAGUGUAUCCAUCAAUGGAUCAAACACAAAGAUGUUUGUCUCUGGUUCUUGUGACAAAACUGCUCGCCUUUGGGACACGCGAAUUGCAAGUCGUGCAGUUCGAACAUUUCAUGGUCAUGAGGGCGAUGUUAACACUGUCAAAUUUUUCCCAGAUGGAUUUAGAUUUGGUACUGGCUCAGAGGAUGGUACAUGCAGGCUCUUUGAUAUGAGAACAGGACACCAACUUCAAGUUUACGAGCAGCAGCAUGGUGAAAAUGAGGUCCCCAGUGUAACGUGUAUUGCAUUUUCUAGAUCAGGCAGACUUUUAUUUGCUGGAUACUCAAAUGAUGAUUGUUAUGUAUGGGAUACCAUUGUGGGAAAGGUUGUCUUGAACCUAGGGGAAUUAAAUGAUUCUCAUGAGAGUCGAAUAAGCUGCUUGGGUCUCUCUGCUGAUGGAAGUGCAUUAUGUACUGGUAGCUGGGACAGAAAUUUGAAGAUUUGGGCUUUCGGUGGUCAGAGAAGAGUUAUUUAAUGGUGAUACACGACGUCUCUUCAUCCAUGAUAUGGUUGUGGACCUUCUUCGUUUUAGUUCAUUUGUUUCCUUGCAUGGUCCUGCAAUAAUUAUGUAUCAGUUAACUUAUUUGUAAAUGUUACUUACUCUUGGAGGAGAACAACUUUUUGUUUUUCUUUUGUUUCCUCCUUUCUUUUCUUUGAAGGAACCUCGAAUUUAAAUUCUUUGUUGAGUUAUCGACAGGUCUUUAGCUAUCCACCUUAAA